UUCCCUCUCUCCCACUGUCCCAUAGCCGAAGAAAAGGCGGCCAUGGUAUUAUUGCCAAUGUCGCAGUCCAUCGACACACUCCCUUCUCAGCUCGACAACGGCCUCUCUAAAACAUCAUCCUCCAAAUCGUCCGUUACGCACACGCUGCCAACGACAGCCAUACCAGGCGAGGCAGAGCCACAGCAGCCCAAUUCAGAGCCCAUGUUGGCCGAGAAAGCUCCAGAAAGGUCCCCUCGUAUAACACUCCGCCUCCCAUCGCUAUCGCGCCUGAUCGACGCCCGUCCGAAGAAGGCCUUGCCGACAAGAGUGGUAUCAACCAGCGAGGGGAAUCCGAUCGAGGAGGAAGUUGAUGGGGACGGCGACAUCCAAAUGGGAGACGCGUAG